GUCCGCGCGCGCGGGCCUGAAGGCCAGGCACCCCUACUAUCACUCCUCCGCCGAGAUCCGCGAUGAGGCGCGGCGGCUGGCCGCGGCCUGCGGCGGCAAGCUCGCCCUCAGGACCGUGAACGAUUCGGAGGCCGCCUCGCCACGGAAAGGCGUCCACGCCUUCUUGCCUCGGGCGGGGUCGGACCCCGAGAUUUCGAGGACCCCGGAAGAUGUUUUGGAGGUUGACCAGAGGAUGUUUGCGGGCGCGAAGACGUUUUGA